AUGGAGAUUCGGGUGGCCUCUGCCCCGCGUCGCCAUCCUGCUCCGCCAUGGAAUAGCUUGUUCGUGUGCAGGACCUGCAGCCGCGCCUUCACCUCGUUCCAGGCGCUCGGCGGCCACCGGACCAGCCACCUGCGGGGCCGCCACGGCCUCGAGCUCGGCGUCGGCGCCAGGGCGCUCAGGCAGCAGCACAAGCAUCAUCAGCAGGCCGGCGACGGCGUCGGCGGCGGCGGAGGCGGAGGAGGAGACAGGGAGCCGCAGGCGCAGCACGAGUGCCACGUCUGCGGGCUCGGCUUCGAGAUGGGGCAGGCGCUGGGCGGCCACAUGAGGCGGCACCGCGAGGAGACGACGACGGGCGCCGCCGAUGCCUGGGUCUGGCGCGCCGCCGACGCGCUGCAGCGGGCCCGCGGGGGCGCCGCCGACCCGCCCGUCUUGCUCGAGCUCUUCGCCUAGCUAGCUAGAUUCGUGCGAGCGGGACGAUGGAGGAAGGAGGGCGAGGCCGUUGAUGGGCGGCGACUGUCACGGCGGGGCAUCGCGUGCGAGACCGGGGAGGAGGGGGGCGGCCGCGCCAGAGCGCCCACGGCGGGGCAUCGCGGCGUACGUCCGGCCCGCGGCUCCGAGCGCUGUCGGCUGGUCCCCGGCGGUGACGGAGGGCAGCACGGGUGCCUCGCCCCAGCCGACGGCGCCGCUGCGGAGAUCGACGCGCACGACGACGUUGGAGAGCGCGGCGAGGCGCGAGGACGCGAUGGUGAAGGGCGCGACAAGCGGGACGCGAAGCGGGCGCGCGCCGGUCGCCGACACGUCCACGGAGAAGGUCUCCUUGAGCGCGUCGAAGCCGAACGAGCCCACGCGGGAGGGCGAGGACGGGGACGGCAAGACGGCGCAGAGGCGGGUGGUGGCGGUGGCGGGCUGU